AUAGGUGAUCCGUCUUAUUUAGUGCCCAGAAGUUUUGUAACUAUACGGAUCAACGACGAAUAUUAGAAAUUUGCUGAUAUCAGUAUUUUAUUCAAAGUGGUGUUGUAAGGAAAGGGGUGUAAGUAAUCUAGUAUGCGUGUAAAUGACAGUAGCGAUUACAUUUGUAAUUGUUAAUUAUUUAAUCACAUGGCAGUGUUGAACUGUGUCAAAAUACAAGGUAGAAAUUGAUGUAUAUAGAGUUAGAAACGAAGAUAGAGUUUCAGUAUUUGUAUUUAUGAAUAAAUAUGUCGGAUGAAGAAGACACGACAAUUCUCCUCAGUGGGAAAAAUGAAGACAAUGAAAAAAUAAGUGCGACUGUUGUGGUACGGAAACCUGCCAGUACUAGUGACUCUAAUGUGAUAGAUGUUACGUCGAGAAGUCAUGUUACAAUAUUACUGGCAUCAUUUGUCGCGGUUUUGGGAGGACUGGCAUUUGGUUAUGAUAUGGGUAUCAUUACAAGCAUCAUGUUACAGAUAAAAGACACUUUCGAACUGACAUGCAUGGAGCAGCAUGUAAUAUGCAGCACAUGGUUUAUUGGGGCUAUAAUUGCAUCUUUUGUUGGAGGUAUUGUAGUUGAUGGAUGUGGGCGAAGGUGGACCAUCUGCUGUACUGCAAGCCUAUUGGUGCUGGGAUCUGUGGUUUCUACAUUAGCUACUUCAUAUCCUCUUCUUUUAUGUGGAAGAUUGGUAGGAGGUUUUGCUGGUGCAUUGUCUGCUGUGGCUCAGUGCAUUUAUGCUGCUGAGAUAUCAGAACCACAAUCAAGGGGGCGUGCUGUUUUGUUUCACCAGCUGGGUGUGGCAGCUGGAUUACUGUUGUCAAGCAUAGCUGGGACUGGCAGUGACACACAGUGGCGCAUGGUGGUAUGGCUGAGUGCAAUCCCCGCCAUUAUCGAGGGUCUUGUGGCCCUCAUUUUUCUCCCUGAUUCACCGCAAUUCAGGCUUUUACAGACAUCUCAGAAUCUCCAAACCAAGCCAUCCCCCACUGGUUGUGCUUUGGGGAACCUUGCUGAGACAUUAUUGCUUGCUUUUGGUUUGGUGUUCCUCCAGCAGUUCUCAGGGAGACCUGCAGCACUGUAUUAUGCACCUCGAGUGUUUCUUCUUCUUGGAGUCUGUCCAGAUGCAACUUUCACAGUAGCAGCUAUCAUUUUGAAUGUUAUUAAGGUAGGUGCUGUGUCUCUGUCACUGUGUGUCGUGGAUAAAAUUGGAAGAAGACCAUCUCUGAUUGUGGGAGUCACAUGUAUGAUGACUAGCAUUGCUUUGCUAGGCCUGAUUUCUGCUAUGGAAGAAAAUGAGGUGGAUUUAUCACUUAAUCCGGCUGUGAAGCCUUGUGGGAACAUGGAAAUGGGAGAAUCUGUGCCUGUUUUACCAUCUGGUAGAAGUUACCACUAUGCUGCUGGAAUUGGAAUGUCAUCUCCAUUGUUGCCAACAGGAGUUCCACCACCAUUUCCACUACUGCCCACACCAGUAUCUCUAGUUGGUGGUGAUCCGUAUGCCAGUGAAUCGCCUUGGUGUCCAGUAUCCGUAGACACAUCACUUUCACCAUCACUGCGCUAUCUUGCUCUGUUUGCCUUGAUCUGUUAUGAGAUAGCAUAUUCUUUUGGAUUUGGUCCAGUAACAUGGCUUCUACUGACAGAAAUAUUUCCAGCAUCCGUGAAGGGACGUGCUGUCUCUCUGACCACUUCAUUGCACUGGUUUGCAGAUUUAAUUAUUCCUGCUACUUUUACAUAUUUUAUAAGUGCUAUCUCUUUAGAGGGAGUGUUCUUCUGCCACAGUGUGGUGUGUUUGAAUGCCAUCUUCUUUGUAUUUCUAUUUAUACCUGAAACAGGAGGAAAGUCUUUACAUCAAAUUGUACAAGGAAUUAAAAGCAUGUCCUAUAAGACACGAAUGUUUCAAAACCUUCAAGGGUUGCCUUGCCUGAGUAAGAGUACGUGGCUUCAGCAGAAGGCAAGACAGUACCGACAAGUAUCACAUGCCACUGUGGAAAGCACCAUCAUUUGAGGUUCAGGACAGAGUGUGGGAUGACAAACCUGUCCAAUUGCUGCAUCUUGACAUGAUAUGGGCAUGUUUGCCAUUUUCAUCACUCACUCACAUUGCAUACUUGACUGAAUUUUUUGUACACUAAAGAUGGUACAGUUAAAUUUUUCUUCUUUAUAACUCAUAGGAAUUCAUUAAGAAUUUUGACUGAUAUUCUGUAAUGCUGAAGUAUAUUUAGCCUGAGGUGACCAGAUUUUUAUCAAUUGGACAUGCACUGAGCAUUCUUUAUCAUAGUACAGGUAACCCUCGAUUUGCGCCGAUUCAUAAUAACGCUACUUUUGAAACCAGCAAGUUACAAGUGAAAAAAAUAUAUUUUACUAUUAUUUAUAACGUUUUAAAAUGUUUCUCAUACUGAUUCUUAUACUAAAUCGUAAUUCUUACAUCGCUGAUUUUGAAUAAAAAUUAUAAAUACAGUCAUCUCUGCAAUUACGCAUGUUUUGUUAACGGGAAUAUGCUCCAAUGGAAUCGAUGAAUCGGUAAAAGCUGUUUGUGAAAUGCAAACUUUUGCAAA